AUGGCCCGGAUAGUUCUUCUCCGAAUUGGAGACACUGGAGAGCCGCUAGUUGACAGUUCACGGGGUGUUUUGACCUUCCCGACAUGUUCCCAGGGUGAGAGUCCUCUUUUUGUGCUGAGAUUCUACAUUGUUGCAGGCUCUCAAAUCACAAACAAGGGAACAAUAUGGACUGAUGUCCCCAAACAGGCCGACGACCCAUACAGAAGGGAUAAGUAUACCAAGCAUACAAUCAAUGGCAAUUUUUACCAAGAUAUAACGAUUGAUGUUUCGAUUUACAACCCUGGAUCUUAUUGCUACUACAUUGGAUACAACACUUUGAAGGAGGGCGAUGAGGAACAAUUCGUCACCACACGCAAGUUUUACUUCGUGGUGCCACCAUCGUUGUUUGUCAAGGAUUUGUACUUGCCGCUCAAUGCGGUGAGUAUGCAGUCUGUCGUCUCGAAGUGGAUGGGACGUAACAAUUCCGAGUGGGAUCCCAUUUUCGCUGAGAUUUCACGAAAGGGAUACAAUAUGAUCCAUUUCACUCCACUGCAACCCCGUGGAGAAUCUAAUUCACCGUACUCGAUUUAUGAUAACCUCGAGUUUGACCCUGUUGCGUUCCCGAACGGCAAGUCAGACGUUCAAAAAAUGGUCUCGAGACUUGAACAGGAGUAUGACAUCCUUUCGAUGACAGACGUUGUUUUCAACCAUACUGCAAACAAUAGUCAAUGGAUCAGAGAACAUCCAGAAGUAGGAUACAACGAGGAAACGGCUCCUCAUUUGAAACCUGCCAUCGAAUUGGACAGAUUGUUGCUACAUUUUUCAAGGAGCAUGAAAAGACACGGAUAUCCUACUACAAUCAACAAUGUGGAAGACCUGUUAAAAGUUAUGGAUGGAAUUAAAAUUCAUGUGCUCGGUGAUUUGAAAUUAUGGCAGUACUACGUGGUUGAUGUUGAUGACCAUAUCAGGAAAUUGGAAGAUGAAUGGCCGAAACGAAUAAAGGUUUGCGACUUGGACGUUCCAAGAAAUGCUAGUCUUCCAGAACUGGCCCAAUUUGUUGUCUCGAGUGCGUCCACGAAACCUUUUGGACUCGGUGAUCGUUUCGGUAAUAACUUGGAUAUCCCCAAGUUUGUGUCCGUUCUGAAUUGUCUGUACGGCGACCUUUCGUUAGACGAGAUUAAACAGCAUGCCCACAAAAUCUUAGAUGAGAUCAAUCUCCCAUUGUACAAGGAAUAUGAUGAAGACAAUAACGAGAUUUUGGAGCAACUUUACAACAGAAUAAAGUACAUGAGAUUGGAGGAUCAUGGACCACGUCUCGGUGAAGUGACGGACGACAACCCAUUAACAGAACCAUACUUUACCAGAUUCACUGAUGCUUCAGGAAGAGACUGGGCAUUGGCAAAUAACGGUUGGAUCUGGGGUGGAAACCCUCUCGUUGAUUUCGCGUCCGACCAGUCCAAGUGUUAUCUAAGAAGGGAAGUGAUCGUUUGGGGUGACUGUGCGAAAUUGAGGUACGGAGCUGGACCCGACGAUUCGCCAUAUUUGUGGUCCAGAAUGAUUGAAUACUCCAAAUUGCUGGCUUCUCUUUUCCAUGGAUUCAGAAUUGACAAUUGUCAUUCUACUCCAUUACACGUCGGAGAGGCAAUGCUCGAUGCAGCUCGUCAGGUGAAUCCAAACUUGUACGUUGUCGCUGAGCUUUUCAGUGGUAGUGAGGAGUUGGAUAUCGUUUUUGUUGAACGACUGGGAAUCUCCUCGUUGAUUAGAGAGGCUAUGCAAGCAUACUCUAUCAAUGAACUUUCGAGACUGGUGCAUAGACACGGUGGACCACCAAUUGGCUCUUUCAAGUGGCUACCACUGGACGAGCUUGCUUAUCCAGUGCACAAAGAAUUGUUCGAAACUAGAUCAAGCGAGAGUUUCCCGAAGAAAAGUGAAAUCCCAAUACCAGAGCCCGUUGUUUCGCAGGCUCCACAUGCCCUGUUCAUGGAUUGCACCCAUGACAAUGAGACUCCAAACGAAAAAAGAACUGUUGAGGAUACGCUUCCAAAUGCCGCAUUGGUUUCAUUUUGCUCAUGUGCUGUGGGUACUACUUUUGGCUACGAUGAAUGCUAUCCCAAACUUUUGGAUGUGGUCAACGAGGCUAAGAAGUACACUUUCGGACCUGGUAUUGGGUCUGUGAAAGCAAAACUCAACAAGAUCAGGCUUGAACUUGCCAAUCAAAGUACUGAUGAUUUGGAAAGCAAUGAAAUGCAUGUUCAUCAUGAAGGUCAAUUCAUCACUGUCCAUCGUACAAAUGCCAAAACAGGAAAAGGAUACUUCCUCAUUGCUAGAACUAAAUUUUAUCAGGAUGGUGAUCAGUCACUUGCUCCCAUUCGUCUGAGUGGAAGUAAAGUGAAGCAUUUGUUUGCAUACACACUCGUCAGAACUGGGGAUGACCCAAAACCAAGUGAGAACUUUUUAGAAUCUGUCCCUGUUGAUCUUAGAGAGAUCUCGCCUCUAAAUGUCGACGUUGAUGGAAAUGAUAGCCUCAUUAACCUUCCAGUCGAGUUUCCACAAGGAUCUAUCGCUGUCUUGAGCACAGAGAUUCCUGGCUGUGACGACAGUUUGGAUCACUUUGUCCGUUCAGAAGCCUUGGAGGCUGCGAAGAACUUGACAUUGCUUGAUAUCAACGCAAUCCUAUACAGAUGUGAGUCUGAGGAAAGAGACGCCAGUGCAGGAACCGAGGGUGUUUAUGAUGUCCCCGGCUUUGGUCGUCUGGUGUAUGCUGGAAUACAAGGAUGGAUCUCCGUUUUGAGAGACAUUAUCAGACACAAUGAUCUUGCUCACCCAUUAUCGGAUCACUUGCGCUCAGGAACCUGGGCAUUGGAUUACAUCCCCCAAAGAUUAUCAAAAUACGAAAGUUAUGGUAAAGGAGUGUCAGAGUUCAAGCAGUGGCUAGAGUCUCGUUUCCAAGAGGUCAAGAAAGUCCCGUACUUUUUGGUUCCUCGAUACUUUGCGCUGGUUGUGGGAAUAGCAUAUGAAGCUUUGCGGUUCCAGGCUCUUAGCCAAAUGAGUGUCAAAAUUCAGAAGAGCACUCAGUUCGUCCAGAGUCUUUCUUUGGUGUCUGUUCAGAUGAAUGCUUAUAUGAGAAGUGCUUCUAUCGACCCGUAUAAGAUUGUCCCUUCGAUGGCAGCCGGUCUUCCUCACUUCAGUUACGAUUACAUGAGAUGCUGGGGACGUGAUAUCUUUAUAUCGCUUCGUGGCCUAUUGCUGGUAACUGAACGAUAUGAGGAAGCUAAAAAUCAUAUCCUCUGCUUCGCAAUGACUUUGAAACACGGAUUAAUUCCUAACUUGCUUGGAUCAGGCAAAGAGCCAAGAUACAAUGCUAGAGAUGCAGCAUGGUGGUUUCUGGAAUCGGUUCAGAACUAUGUUCAUAUAGUCCCUGACGGAGAAAAGAUUUUGGAUUGCAAGGUGAAAAGACGGUUCCCACUGGAUGAUACACAUGUUCCAUUGGAUGACCCACGCGCUUUCAGCUAUGAGAGCACAAUUAGAGAGAUUAUCUACGAAAUCCUCAGUCGGCACGCUGGAGGACUUGAUUUUAGAGAGGCUAACGCUGGCCCGCAAAUCGAUUCGCAAAUGAAAGAUGAAGGGUUCAAUAUCUCCAUCAGUGUUGACUGGAACACUGGACUUAUUCAUGGAGGCAACCAGUUCAAUUGCGGAACAUGGAUGGACAAGAUGGGAGAAAGUAGCCUCGCAGGAAAUAAGGGCUACCCUGGAACACCUAGAGAUGGCGCGGCUGUUGAGAUAAAUGGGUUGUUAAAGAGCACUUUGCGGUUUGUGUUGGAGCUGCAAGCUAAAGGAAUUUUCGACUACGAUUCGGUGAAGACGCAAGACGGCAAGAGAGUGACGUUUGAACAGUGGAACGACUUGCUCCAGAACAACUUUGAGCGGUGUUUCUAUAUUCCUGAAGACAGCAGCAAGGAUUCUGAGUUCGAAAUCAAUCCUAACAUUGUCAAUCGGCGUGGAAUUUACAAGGAUCUUUACAAGUCUGGCAAAGAGUACGAAGAUUACCAGCUGAGAGGCAAUUUCCCAAUGGCUAUUGCCGUCGCUCCAGAAUUGUUCACGCCGUCGAGAGCUUUGAAGGCUAUACAGAUCGCAGACAAGGCCAUCCGUGGCCCUAUUGGGCUUGCUACAUUGGAUCCUGCCGAUUACAACUACAGACCGUACUACUUGAACAGUGUGGACUCCAUGGACUUUGCUACCGCUAAGGGCCGGAAUUACCACCAGGGACCGGAAUGGUGCUGGAUCUUGGGAUAUUACAUGCGCGCAUUCCGGCAGGUUCAUCUUGCAGAUCAUCCUGAGUGCUCGGAUAAAGGCUCUGCGACCGAGUAUCUGCACCAAUUACUGUCCAGAAGACUUUCUGCGCACAAAAGGUGGUUGGACGACAGUGUCUGGGCGGGGCUGACGGAACUCACACAGAAGAACGGCGAGUUCUGUGGAGACUCGAGUCCAACUCAGGCAUGGAGUGCGUCAUGUUUACUUGAUCUUUACUUUGACUGCUGGGAAGACGAAAAAAACUAG